UCUUGUUCGAGCCACUUAAAUGUUAAUAUUUUCUGUUAUCUUUAGUCCUCAAUGAUAGUAAACUGUUAAUCUAUGGAUUGUGAACUGUUGGUCGGGACAAAAUGGCAUAUUUAUCUCAAUUUUCCAACAUUUUAUGAAUCAAACAACCAAUUGAUUAAUUGAGAAGGUAAUCUACAGAUUGAUCGUUAAUGAAAAGUAUAGUUGUUAACUGUGGGGAUAUUGGAAGGUGUUUUGAGUUGUCUUCACCCUCUCAGGAGACAUUGAGGUUUUGCAGUUGCUUCUAAGUGGAUGAUUAAGAAAAUAUGGGCUCUAUUAAAGGUAGUUUUCUCACUUAAAUGCAAUAUUUUGUUUUGUCAUAACACAUAUUUAUCCCACAGGUUUUUUUUGUUGCUUUUUUAAUGUUUAAAAAAACAUUUUACCUACUCUACCACCUCCUGACCAGAACCCCCACCCCCUCCAUUUUUAAGAACUUCUUGGAUUUUCCACUUAAUUUAAGAAAAAAAAAAGAACAAAACUUUGUGGAGGUGUAGUAGAAGUGUCCCCAAAGUCACUGCCUCCAUCUCUCGUAGUUCCUCGACGACCCUCUUCUCUCCAACAGACACAGACAGACAGGCAGGCAGGCCUCCACCGACCAGAGUACAGACACAAUGGAUUGGUCGUCGUCGUCCUCCACCACCUCCAGCCUGAUGGCCAGCAACGUGACCAACAAGACCGACCCGCGCUCCCUCAACUCACGCGUCUUCAUCGGCAACCUCAACACCCUGCUGGUCACCAAGGCCGACGUGGAGGCUAUCUUCUCCAAGUACGGCAAGAUCGUCGGCUGCUCCGUCCACAAGGGCUACGCCUUUGUCCAGUUCUCCAAUGAGAGGAAUGCCCGGGCGGCUGUGUCCGGCGAGGACGGACGCAUGAUCGUGGGACAGGUUUUAGACAUCAACCUAGCGGGCGAGCCAAAGCCUCACAGAUCGAAGACAGUGAAGCGCUCUGCAGGAGACAUGUACAGUUCCUCUUUUGAUUUGGACUAUGACUUUCAAAGAGAUUACUACGAUAGGAUGUAUUCUUACCAGUCCCGGGUGCCUCCUCCUCCUCCACCCCUGUCCCGCGCUGUCAUCCCUUCAAAGCGUCCAAGGGUCAGUCUGAGCGGAGGAGGUAGCCGACGAACCAAAACCAGCUUCUCCUCUUCCUCCAAGAGCAGCCAGAGGGCCUCCCGUACGAGUAGGUCCCAAGGGGUCACGAUCACACUUACUGAAUGCUCUUUCAAUGUCCUGAAUACCUCUAUUCCUCUUCCCACAGUGAAGGUAGAUGAUCUGCAGACCAUCAAGAGAGAGCUUACUCAGAUCAAACACAAGGUCGACUACCUGUUGGAGAGCCUAGAGCGCAUGGAGAAGGACCACAGCAAGAAGUCAGACAUGAAGAUCCCUAAACCAGAGCCAGGUGAGGUAUCCCCCCUUCACUCCUCCACCUCCAGCAAGAAGGACGACAGCCUGAAACGGGACAGAGAGAGGGAGAGCCAGGAGCUGAACGACUCUGAGGAGGAAGGAGAUCUCCUGGAGGAUGAAGACGAGAUGAAAAGCAGAGGGAGAGAUGAGGACGAGGAGGAGGACGGCGAGCAGGAGGAAGGAGAGGACGACGGCGAUAGCGCCAAUGGAGACGAGUCCUAAACACUACGCAGGCAGACAGACACACACAUAUACACGCACAAAAUGAUGUGUGUGAUUGUAUCUCCACACCAGACUUGUACACAGUGGUCAUAUGCUCAUUAUCUGCUGAACUGAAUGGACGUUUCUAUAAAAUGUAUUGUAGAUAAUUCUCUCACACACAUUCUUUAAAGUAUAAAUAUGUUUAUUUCUCCAAUUUUCUUUUAUGUUGUCAAUUUGAUUUUAGUUAUUUUUUUCAUUUUAUUUUUUAUUUGACCAUUUUAUAGAUAUUUUCUGACAUUGGUUAAAAGCAGAACUCGGAUGUGUUACAUUCAGUGAGAAAUAAUACAAGUUAAGGACAAAUGUUACAUAUUGUAUAUUUGUAUUAAGGGCUAUGAGCCACUCCAGUCUAAAAAUGGAAAGAAAGUAUGCUUAACCUUCAUUUUCCUUUCAAUGAAUGUGUUGACUUGAUGCCAAAAAAACAAACGAUUUACUUUUUUCUGUUAAAUUACUGCAUUAAGUAAUUCUCAAUGGGCAGAGGCUGACAUCGAAACAGAAGUGGAACAAAAGUGUGCCCAGGUGUAACGGUUUUGUGACAUAAUACCAGACAUGGUAUCACAAUCCCAGUCCUAAAGAAUUUCAAGAUGAAUAUUUUUUUUAAAUAUGACUGAGCUGCUGCUCAUCUACCUUUUAACCAGCAGGUGGCAGUGUAUCCUGUAAAAUGGCCACACAGAUGCUCACAGGGAUUUAUUUCUGUUGUUCACAGAAAAUCUUCACCUUCUGCUUGUCAGAUAACAACGUACAUGUGCAAAACUUCAUGCCAAGCUGCACAAACAUUCAAACAAAAACAAAAAAAACCCUCAUCGUUCUGAAAAUAGUUUCGUUUGUUACCGAGGUGUUGCAACCUUAACUGACCUUAACUUGUGUAAUGCAGUGUUUUGUCUGUUUUUGUUGAUGUUCUGUUUGUCAAUUCAUCUGCACUGGUGAAAGUGAAUAAACACGUUUUCCAAGUUG